CGAAAAAGCAGGCGGGCGAGCACGCGCAGCCUGGGCCCGGUCGGCCUCUGCCCGCCUCUCGCCGUCAGUCAGCCAUGGCGGCUGCAACGGCGGCCUCGCAGCGGGACCCUGUCGGGGACUGGCAGGACUUCUCGGGAUUCCAGCCGCCCGCUACGGAGGUCGAGUGUCCGGAGCCCUCGGCGACGCCGGCUGGAGAGGGGGGCCCUUGGGACGAUGGAGACGGCGGCGACCUGGGGACCAGGCUUCCGCUUUGCUUCCAGCCUCCUCCUCCUCCUCGGCCCCCUCGGAACUGUGAGGGCGGCGGAGAAGCUCGUCUCCUGCCGCGGCCCCUGGGCGAACAGAGCGCUUUGCAGGAGGACGAGAUUUGGAAUGCUCUGACUGAUAAUUACGGUAAUGUAAUGCCAGUGGACUGGAAGUCUUCCCAUACCAGAUCACUGCACCUGCCAACCCUGAAUCUUUCUGAAAAGGGAGUUAAUGACAAUUUGAACCUUGAUUUAUCAGAUGAUGAAGAGCUGAGAGAACAGCUGGAUAUGCAUUCUAUCAUUGUUUCCUGCAUCAACGAAGAACCAAUCUUCACAGCUGAGCAGGUGAUUGAAGAAAUAGAAGAAAUGAUGCAGGAAUCUCCAGAUCCAGAUGAUGAUAAAACACCAACCCAGUCAGACCGUCUGUCCUUACUAUCCCAAGAGAUUCAGACACUGAAGAGGUCCAGCACAAAUCACAAUUACCAAGAGGGAGUAAAAAAGCUGUCUGUGACUGAGUUAAAUGACCUGUUAGAAGAGAUUGAGACAGCUAUCAAGGACUAUUCUGAAGAACUAGUACAGCAGUUGGCACUACGAGAUGAGCUGGAAUUUGAGAAGGAAGUGAAGAAUAGCUUCAUAUCAGUCCUUAUCGAAGUACAAAACAAACAAAGAGAACAAAAGGAAAUGGCAAAGAAGAAGAAAAAGCUGAAAAAUGGCAGUCCUCAGAAUGGCAAACAAGAGAGAGGUCAUAUGCCUGGAACGUACUUGACAACCGUUAUUCCUUAUGAGAAGAAAAGUGGACCUCCAUCCAUUGAUGAUCUCCAAACACUAACAAAAAUUCUUCAUGCCAUGAAAGAAGACAGCGAGAAAGUGCCAAGCUUAUUAACAGACUACAUCUUGAAGGUUCUAUGCCCUACAUGAAGAGUGCUAUUUAGGAGGAAAGACAACCAUUCCUGUGAAAACGGUUGUUUAAAGCCUUUCCAUUUAGUUGGCACUGUGUUGACUUCUAAUGUAUUUACUACUUUCAUUGCCUGCUUGGACUUUUGGACCAUGGACUAAGUUCUUGGGAGCAUGUAGAACUCUGUUAGCUUUUUUCACACUUAACCAUGAAGUAUUCAGAUGAAGAACAGAGACUGUACAGUUUUACUCACAAACAUUGUUUUGGCUUUUUCAGUACUAUUUUUUACAAAAUGUGGCACGUAAUUCUUCUCCACAGCCAUCUGCUUGGGUGGAGGAAGAAUAAACUUUUUGUGUAAAUAACAGAAGCCUAUAAAGUUUAGCUAAAAGAACUCCAAUCAAACUGGCAAUGGGCUGUUGUGUCAAGAGUGCAAAAUGAAUCAGAAGCUGAAGCUGUACUGCAAGAAUUCAAUGGAAGUUCUUCAUUGGGCAUGCCAGUGUGGGAACUAGCACUGAGCUUCUGUUUUAUUUUAUUUUUUUUAAUCUCCAGCAUUAACAUAAUAGUACAAACAGUAUUGUUGUGUGUUUACUGAUUCUCAUGAAUUUUUCACCCACCUUUAGAAGUAAAAAGUUGUGUAGAGCAUUUGUUGGCUUGCUAAUUGACUGGGAAGUUGCCUUGCACAAGUCCAAAUGAAAUGAUGAGGAUAGGAGAACUUCCUGAUGGAUUUUCCUCCAUACCCCUGUCUCAUCACCUCCAUUUCCUAAACUUUAUUUAAAAAUAAUUUAGUUGAAUGUGGAUAUCUUGCUGCUAUUGUGCUUUUUAGCCUACAUGUUAAAUAAAUGUUUGGUCAUGGUAUAAUCUUUUAUAUGCUACAG